AUGGCAGCCUCGGACAGAAAACCGUCUUGCAAACACCUCGUCCUCGAUGCAGGACCUUUGCUGUCGCUGUCGCCGUUGCGAGGGCUGGCGGAGACGUACUAUACGGUGCCGCAGGUGCUCGACGAGCUGAAGGAUCCAAGGGCGAGGGAGCAUUUCGAAAAGCUCGGUCUGUCCGCAGGCAUCAAUAUCCGUGUGCAACCCCCCGAUGCUGCUUCGUUGGCGCAAGUUGUUCAGGGUGCAAAGAAGACCGGAGACUACUCUGUCUUAUCCCAUGCCGAUCUGUGCGUUCUGGCUCUGACCUACGCCCUGCACUCUCAAAACAAGCCGGAGUCAUCGAAAGAUAAAGCAGAACCAGUAAGUGCCACAUCAGCUGCGAUCCAUCCAGAAUGCCUAACUCUUCCAAACCCGUCGAACGAGGUGGAAGAAGUGACUGAGAAGGUGGCAGAGCUGAAUGUGGACGAUCACCCUGCAGAUCCGGCUGCAAAAGAAGAGGAUGAAGCAGAGCACGAUGAGGGGGAAGCUGAAGUACCUUCUGAGCCCGAGGAUGGUGAUGAAGAGGAGAGAGAACCUUUGGACGUCGAGCUGCAACCAAUCAGUAACGAGGUAGAUGCGUCUACCGACUCACCCGAGACAUCAGAACCGCCCGCCUCGCAAUCCAAGCCGCAUGCAGACUCCGCGCCUCUGUAUUCAGAACCCAGCGACGAAGACGACGGCGAAGGCGAGUGGAUCACCCCCGACAACGUCGCCCUACACAAGUCGCGGCACCUCGAUCUCCUGCCAUCCGCUUCAUCCGACUCUAAAAAGCAGGAGACGAUCGAGGUUGGGUGCAUGACCGCCGAUUUCGCAAUGCAGAAUGUCCUGCUGCAGAUGGGGCUAAACCUCGUGAGUGUCGACGGGAAGAAGAUUGAUAAAGUGAAGACAUGGGUGCUGCGGUGUCACGCCUGUUUCGAGAUAUGUAAAGACUCGACGAGAAAAUUCUGCCCUAGCUGCGGAAACGCCACGCUCCUGCGGGCGUCAGUCAGCAUCGCGUCCCCUACAGCUUCCGCAUCGGCGCCCGCAAUGCAAGUCCACCUCAAGAAGAACUUUCAGUGGAAAGUGCGCGGAACAAAGUACUCGAUCCCUGCGCCCAAGCCCGGGUCAGCGAAGACCGGGACCGGUGAGGGUCUGAUCCUGCGCGAAGACCAGAUUGAGUAUCAAAGAGCGAAGAAGAAGGCGGACGCGAAGAGGGAGCGGGACGAGCGGAAGAUGCUGAGCAAUGCUGCGAAGACGGGCGGGGACGGGAUCGUGGUGGGCAGCUGGAUGGAUCCGGACUGGGUACCUGAGAUUAUCAGUGUGGGCGCUGGAGGAAAGGGGAGGAGUGCUCGCGGAGGGGAUAUGCCGACUAUUGGGUAUGGGAGGAAGAACCCGAAUGAGAAGAGGAGGAAACGGAAGUGA